GCAUUUUUCUCAUUAUUUGCAGACCAAAAUGGAAGGCAAAACAGUCAUUAUCACAGGCGCCAACAGUGGCAUAGGCAAGGAGACAGCACGCGAAUUGGCCAAACGGGGAGCGCGCAUCAUCAUGGCCUGCCGCAAUUUGGAGACAGCCAAUGCUGCUAAAGAGGAAAUUGGCAAAGAGACGGGCAACAACAAAUUGAUUGUGAAGAAACUAGAUCUGGGCUCACAGAAGUCGGUGCGGGAAUUCGCUGCCGAUAUCGUAAAAAAUGAACCGAAAAUAGAUGUGUUAAUUCACAACGCUGGCAUGGCGUUGGCCUUCCGCGGACAAACUAGCGAAGAUGGUGUUGAGCUGACCAUGGCCACCAAUCAUUAUGGUCCAUUUUUGCUUACCCAUUUGCUAAUUGAUGUUUUGAAACGCAGCGCGCCAUCGCGGAUUGUUAUUGUUGCUUCCGAACUGUAUCGCUUUGCUUCGGUGAAUUUGGACAAACUCAACCCGAUUGGUACGUUCCCAGCUGCCUAUCUGUACUAUGUGUCUAAGUUCGCCAACAUUUAUUUCGCACGCGAAUUGGCUAAACGCUUGGAGGGUAGUGGAGUGACGGUGAACUUCUUGCACCCCGGCAUGAUUGAUUCGGGCAUCUGGCGCAACGUGCCGUUCCCCCUCAACCUGCCCAUGAUGGCUAUAACGAAGGGAUUUUUCAAGACACCCAAAGCAGGCGCACAGACUACUAUUUAUUUAGCCACCUCGGAGGAAGUGGCUAAUGUGUCGGGCAAGUAUUUCAUGGACUGUAAGGAGUCGACAUUAAGUGCAGCGGCUAUGGACGAGGAUAAGGGCCGCAAAUUGUGGGAAGAAUCAUUGAAAAUUGUCAAAUUGACACCGCAAGAUCCAAAAAUCUAAAAACAUUUAACAAAGACUAGCUUCGCUGAAGUGCCUACUUCACAGUCUUUAGUGAGAAUAAUAAAAGUUUUUAUAUGAAAAUUUUACUCGUAAUUUAAGUUUUAUAGUGUGCAAUAUGCAAUUUUGAUGGAAUAAGGAAAUAAAAGUGAAAUUAUCAUUGUUUUGAUA